ACGCAGUGCAAUGAAAAUCAGAUGCAACGUAACAAACAGUCAGUGCACACGUUUGGACGGACGAACACGAUAGUGUUCUAGCAGACAGCCGACAGUGUGAUUGUGAUCGGGAAAAUUAGUGGAAAUGCAAUCGGCGGUAAAAUCCAUUAAGCAUACCAACGAAAAAUCUGUACAAUGUAAAGUUACGCAACAAAUUGCCCAGAUCGAGCAAAAAAUCGAUCACAGUAGCUAUGAAACGGGUGAUUCGGGCGCAUCGACAUUCCUGCCGAACGACAACCAGCUUCCGGUGGGGCGGCGGUUUUCCUUUCUCCACCCUCACGCCACUAUCGUCAUCGGACGAUUCGUCGUCGUCCUCGUUUUCCUCGUCAUUGCCUACUUUGUCGCUUUCGACGGCGUCUAUCGUCCGGUUGACUACAUUCUGUUUGCUAGUGCUACUCUGAAACUUCUCAUCGUCGUUAACGUGUUCGUCGUCAUUGUCACGACUGUCGUCAAUGCGAUCGUACCGGUACACUUUGCGACGGUUGUGAUUGAACGGAGGAUUAGAACUGGCGGUGGUAGCAGUUUUGCGAUGACGAUGAUGAUGAUGCAAUUGUUUCGUUAUCCGCUUACCUCGUAAAUCCUGACACUUGGCCGCCGUCAGAACCGUUCCCGGUUGGGACAGCAGCACCGUUUCCAGGCAGCGAACGUUCUCCCGGCAUGUUUUGAUGAUUUCGUCCUACGGGUGGCGAUCGGGAAUGGAAUAGAAACGAAAGAAAUUAAAGUUAAUAAAGGGAUCAUUUUGAAAAGCGAAACAA